AUGUCUCUCUUACAUACUAUUCGCCAUGACGUGAAACCCAUCGCCUCGUCCAGUGUACCCCGCGAGCUAGACUUAGCCCCCACCCCAGUCGAAGAUGUCCCAGACACGCAGGUCUCUGUGGACGACAACUUGGCUCCUAGAGUCGGCCAACCUGUCUUUGAACGGGCACUGCUCAGUCGAACGACUAAAUCACGUCGAGUGGUUAUUACUACAUUGCUCAUUCUGGCUAAUCUCGUACAGAUGACAGUCAAUUUUGCAGGUGUUGCGGGAGGAAGCGUCCUGAGUGAAUCAUUACGUGUGAACGACACCUACGCCUCGUGGAUUGCUGCAAGUUAUGCUCUAACCCAGGGUACCUUUGUGUUGGUCAGUGGUCGACUGGGAGAUGUUUAUGGCCAUCGAGAACUCGUCUUGGCGGGGGGUGCCUGGCUCACCAUCUGCACUCUAGCUAAUGCCUUUUGUAACGAGUUCUUCGCCUUUGUCACGAUGCGGGCUCUAGCGGGUCUUGGAGGUGCGCUCAUCAUGCCUAACGCGUACCAACCCCCCGGUCGCGUGCGAAAUCUCAGUCUGGGUCUCUUUGGUGCGUCGGCACCAGUAGGAGGAUACUUCGGGGCCUUAGUCUUGGGUGCUUUUAUGCAGCGGACGGACUGGAAGUGGUUUUUCAUUUUCGUUGCCUGCCUUGGUGUUAUCACAUUCACUCCGCUCUGGGCGUUGAGUCCGCGAGAACCACCGGUCGACCGAGAUGGAAAGAUCGACUGUAUUGGAUCGGCUCUUGGAACAAGCUCGUUGAUUCUGUUCAGCUUUGUUUGGAAUCAAGCACCGAGUGUCGGUUGGUCAACCCACUAUGAGAUUGUUCUCUUGAUCAGCUCGAUCGUCUUAUUCGGAGGCUUCUUGCUUUGGGAGAAGAAGUACGCCGCGGAGCCCAUCAUGCCACUCGACAUUUUCAAAGCCCCAUCCUUCCUUAUGCUGCUCUUCGUCGUGCUUCUCAAUUACAUGGCUGUAGGAACCUUGAUCUGGUACCAGGUCCUAUGGCUCCAAAAGGUCUGGCACUGGUCUCCUCUGCAAUUUGCCGUGGGCUGGACCCCAUUCGUGAUCUGUGCCACGGGCGCUGCAUGCCUGGCGGCGUGGAUGAUCCCGCGAAUGGCAGCACAAUGGAUCCUGGCCAUUGGAACAGUGACGAUCUUGAUAUCCAAUGCGCUCAUGGCGACCGUGCCAAUCCAUCAAUCCUACUGGCCCCAGAUCUUCCCUUCCGUAGUCCUCUUCUCAUUCUGUCCGGACUUUGUGUACACAGCUGGCCAAAUCAUUGCUAGUAACUCCGUCCGUCGUAAUCAGCAGGGGAUUGCCGGGUCUGUCAUUGGCACACUGAAUCUCUACGGGAACAGUCUGGGACUGGGUUUCGCAUCCACUAUCGAGGUGCAAAUUGCCCGCCGCUCGGGUAGCCAAAUCCUGGGGUAUCGAGCGGCACUUUUCUUCGGCGUUGCCAUUAGUGCCGUCGCGCUUAUACUUGACGUCUGCUUUGUCCGACUGGUCAAGGAUGACCGGGAAGGAUGGCAUGAGGAUGACCACAUGGAGGAAAUUGAGCUGACGGAGCAGGCCGAAGCCACAGGUGUCCAUCUGCAACAUACUUAA